AUGAUGGAUGGUCCACCUUUUGAAGAAAGGCUAAGAAAGAGAGCUCUAGAGAUUUUCAUUCUAAAUUUGCAACAAUUUGUCAGGGUCAUUUCAGAAAUGAUGCUUGGAGGUUUUCCAAUCACCUUCACCGCUGGUCGUAUGGAAAGGGAACGAAAACCAAAAUGUGCUCGUUGCCGUAAUCAUGGUAUCGUUUCGUGGCUCAAAGGACAUAAACGCCACUGCCGAUUUAAGUGA